AUGGCUUCUCUCAUGCGCCAGUCUUGCCUCUCUGCCUUCCGGGCGCCGCUGGCGACCCGGAAUGCCGCUGGGGUCUCCCAGGUCGUCGCCUUUCACGCCUCCGCGAAGAAGCAGAUCCUGCCUCCUGAGCCUCAAUCCAUCCACGGAACACUGAAUGACCCGGCUCCUAUCCCUACGCCUCACCCUUCGCACGGCAGCUACCACUGGACUUUUGAGAGAGCGGUCGCUGUUGGUCUGAUCCCUCUUACCAUCGCUCCUUUCGCUGCCGGCUCCCUCAACCCCACGACGGAUGCUAUUCUCUGCUCGCUCAUCAUCCUUCACUCGCACGUUGGAUUCCAGGCUUCCAUCAUUGAUUACUUCCCCGCACGCCGUGUCCCCAAGACCGCUUCAUUCCUGAACUGGCUUCUGCGUGGUUUCACUCUUACCACGGCUGUUGGUCUGUACGAACUUGAAACAAACGAUGUCGGUCUGACAGAGACUGUUAAGCGGAUCUGGAAGGCAUAG